GGGCGCUGGGGUCUGUUGAUUUUUCUUGUGGGAGUGCUUGUCUUCUCUCCCCUCAGCCACCAUCUCACUGCUUCCCCUCUCUCCAAUUCAAAGUUGAUCGUUUCUCGGUCUUGUUCAUCACCCUCCCCACUAGUCGGGAGUGAAAGAGGCACUAAUGGGAAGUUCUCAGAGCGCGACCCUUCCCGGCGGUAGGACCGGGGGCUUUCACGUUCUUCGGGUGCAGGAGAACUCUCCGGGAUACUGGGCUGGUCUAGAACCGUUCUUCGACUUUAUCAUUUCGGCUGGUGAUACAAGGCUGGAUAAAGAUGACAAUGUUCUGAGGGAUCUAUUACUAGGGCAUGUGGAAAAGUCCCUCAAAAUGGCCAUUUACAAUACCAAGACACAGGCUGUUCGCGAAGUUAGUGCAACACCCAGUAAUCUAUGGGGUGGACAGGGCUUGCUCGGUGUCAGCAUUCGCUUCUGCAGCUUUGAAGGCGCAAAUGAGAACGUUUGGCACGUUUUGGAAGUGGAGCCCAAUUCCCCUGCUGCACUGGCUGGCUUGAGACCAUACACAGACUACAUAAUUGGAGCUGAAGCAAUCCUCCGUGAGUCUGAAGACUUGUUCUCCUUGAUUGAAUCCCACAAUGGAAAACCACUAAAGAUCUAUGUGUACAACACUGACACAGACAAUUGUAGGGAGGUGAUUAUCACGCCUAACAGUGCAUGGGGUGGAGAGGGCAGUUUGGGCUGUGGGAUUGGCUAUGGAUACCUGCACAGGAUACCAAUCCACAAACAUUUAUCCGAGAGAAAGUUAUCACCAGUUCUUCAAACUAGCCUGCCUUCUAGUCCUAUGGUUCCUUUUUCAGCUCCGAGUGCUCCUGCAAUGAGUAACAUGCCCUCAGGUCUGCCAAAGGAGCUAAGCGAUCUCAGGCUGGGAACAACAUCUCCUUCAGUCACAGGCACAUUCACACCAGCUUCUGUAGGUGUUCCAUUGUUCCCAGCCCCUUUGAGUGAACCUUUCACUGUGUCAUUAGGCAAUGCAACCAUCGCCACUACUGUGCCAGGUCUGAUAACUGCACCACCUGCAUUUACCAAUCUACCGAAUUUUCCAAAUCUAAAUGUGGCUUUUCCCAAUCUUGCUGUGGGGUCUCUGCCGGGAUUAGGAGUGAAUCCCAUGACUACAUCCACAGAUUCACUCUUGUCACCCACCAGCCCAGCCUCACUUCAGGCCUUCACGAACCUGUCUCCUGCUGAUCCUGCCAUGUCUCCUGUGCUUCCAGCCUUCUCUGCGGUGCCACCAUUUUCUCCUAGCCCCUCGACUACAUCAGAGAAUAUUACAGCAUCUUUUCGCUCUCAGUGGAGCCAAGUCUCGGACCCUGCACCUGCAGUAGCUCAGGAAUAGUCUCCUGCUGGCAGCUGAGACAAUAACAUUGUCUUCCACACCUGUUUUGCUGAAGCUGGCAGAAGGGUAUCGUCUACUCAGCACUAAUAAACUAUAGAAGGAUGCCUACCCAAUCCACUGCUGCCCAGAUUCUAACCAAGUAUCAACAGUUCUACUUUACUAAAAAAUGCUUCCCAAUUUAGCAGUAUGUACAUAGCUGUCAGUCUAAAGAUGACUCUUUAGCAGCAUGACAAUCGUUUUCAGAAAACCCAUUCCAGAUAAACUAACAGAAUUCUAAGCUGAGCAUAGAAUCCUCUUGUAGAAGCACACAGUGAGUGAAUUCUUCCUUUUGCAAUAUCUAGUGCGCACCCACCCUUUUCACUAAAGCAAGGCUUGAUCAUCAUGGCAUGUCACAGUGUCUUCAAUUCAAAGCAUUUUGAAAAAUAGUGCAUUAAUGUCAAUAUGGAGACCACUCCAGCAUUGUUUGCUGGACCUGGAGAGCUGAUUUAAAUUUUGAGACAUAGCAGUUUACAAACGCACGUCUUUGAAGAAAUUCUCUCUAUUAAUUCCCACUGUUCCGUAAGUUGAGUUGCUUUAAUCUAGCGAGUGUAGUUUUUGUUGUUGCAUGAAUGAUUAUUAAAGUUGCUGAAAUAUAGGUCUCCUUUUAGCCUUCUCGGUAUAUUAGAACUUGUGAUACAUAAUCUUCAAUUCAUGUCCUGAAGACCUUUCAGCCAAUAAGGUUGCGUUUCAUCGUGUUCAGCAGCGAUCAUAAAUGACUAAUGCAGAAUGCCAUUGACCGUUCAGCUUCUGCGAGGGAAUGUCCUGUUGAAAUACUGCAUGUAGUUUGCUUAUGAUUUAGAGUUAAGCUGUUUGCUGUGGUUUGUGCUAACUAUGAUUUUAUUUUUGAUUCCUGUCCUGGGUACUGAGCCCAUUAGACUGAAAAUGCCGAAGUAAUUUGUGGGAAGGGGAGAUAGGGGUGGAAUUCCUACAGUCAAUAAAGUGGUUUCUUCCCCACUUUAAGUUUUUCAGAAAAAUGCCACCCCAAACAUUAUUCACUAAUCCAGUCUCUUAGGUAAGAUCUUGUAAGGUUUAUUAAUGAUAUUCCAACAGUUUUAUUUUUAAAAAUGUUUUGAAUUCUGUUAUUUUACACCCUGUUGCUAAUUGGUGGCCAAAUAUAGUAAUAUUAAGGUGUAUUUUAAGUUUCAAAAGCAUCCCCAACAAUGAUGUUAAAUUGGAUUGCCUGAACAUUUAAUAGUUGUAAUAGGCAAACAAGUCAAUAUUUGAUCACUUUUUCUAUUCCCUGGACUUCUACAAGUUUGUAAAUUGCUGUGAUACUGGAGAGUACCUAGUCUGAUUCAAUAUGAAUAUUACUGCCGUUUUGUUUGUCACUGAUAGUGAGGGCUGGUCAUAGGGUUCAGGUUGACAUGGUUCAAAGGUUACUUCCAGUCAACUGGCAGAGUGGGUAACUUCUAAUGCAUUCCUUUUUAGUGAACUUUGUACCUUUUAAGCUGGACCUGUUGAAACAGAUUCUGAGAUACCAAGGUGUAGAGCCGGAUGAACACAGCAGGCCAAACAGCUUCAGAGGAGCAGGAAAGCUGAUGUUUCGGGCCUAGACCCUUCUGCAGAAGGGUCACUCUCUCUCCACCAUCAAAAACACAACAUUAUCUACACCUUCUUCCCCACUGGUCUUCUGCAUUUACCUUCUAAAGGUGUAUUCUACCUUGCUAUGGAAUUAGAACACUGUAGAGUGCCAAAUCAUUUCCUAUAGUGCAUGGUCCAUUUGUGUGUGAGUGAAUUAUACGCAUGCUUUUCGAUAUGGGACUGAUCUGAUUGGGCCUUUUGUGUGUAAUGGUUUUUGGUAUGAGUACUGAAAGGGACCAGGUGUGGAAUGAUGCUCUUCACAAGUGGUGGAAGAUGUACCAUUUUUCUUUGUUUUUUUUUCUGAACCAAUACUGGACCAAUUUUUUAAAAAAAGAUUUAUACUGUGCUCAAAGGCCUUCAUCUCAUUUGAAUGCUGUCAUCUCAUAUUACUAACCUAAGCGUCAUGAGCAUGAAUUGUGCCUGUUUCAGUUUCUGUUUACCUCAGUGGGUGUGCCAUUGUGACUGACAAUGACUUGGGUUAUUACAGAUAUCACACUCUCUAGUCCAUGCUGCUGACUGCAAUAAUUUAGCAAUAUAAUGUAUAGGUUUUAAAAGGCUAUUGUAUUUUUGGGAGCACUCAGAUUGUAGUUUGAUAGCAUGGAAAUUCAGUGAUUUUUUUUUUAUACGUCUUAAUGUGCUGUACUGGUUAUUUUACAAGAAAGUUUAAUAUUUACUGUGGAAUUUCACUUUGCUGUAAACGUACAGUCUUCAGAACCAUCAAUAAAGAUGGCAGUUAGUGCCUCGUGCUGGU